AAAACAGUAGACCUUCCACAAUAUAUCUAUCCACAUUUAAUCACUGAGACACAGAGGACAUUUGGAGCUGAACACAGUUGAGCUCUACAUAGAUGCAGAGUUAGGUUUCCCGAGCCAGAAUGGGAUCUCUUGAAAAUAACAUAAAUCAAGAUUUUCAGGAUGCCAUAGAUGUAAUUCAGCAUCACUCACAGAUGCAAUAUUGUGACACAGAAAACAAAUACUAUGAGAAUUUGGAAAGUCAGCAGUCCUCUGUGAGACACGCUAUCUCAUACUAUCAGUUCACACCUCAUUUUGAGCCUCCAGGACCGAUGUACGACUGGAACGAAUCCUCAUCAUGGUCUCACAUUGUGCCAGAUGUGACUCUGGGGCCACUGUGUUCCGCUGAGCCUUCAGUGUUUUAUUCAAAUUUAACACAGCGCCAUGGAAAAGGUCGUAAGAAGUUACGCUUGUAUGAAUAUCUGCAUGAGGCCCUUCACGACGACAACAUGGGCGACUCCAUCCAGUGGAUGGACCGAGGGAGCGGCAUUUUCCAUUUCAUCUCCAAAAAUAAAGAGAAACUGGCUGAAUGCUGGGGUCAACGCAAGGGCAACCGCAAGACCAUGACCUACCAGAAAAUGGCACGCGCUCUCCGCAACUACAGCCGUACGGGUGAGAUCGUGAAAGUGCGUCGCAAGCUCACCUAUCAGUUUAACCCAGCUAUACUGCAGCGACUGAGCUCACUGUCAGGCUACAGCUCAGGCCCUUCUUCCAGAGACAUGGCCCUUCAAAUGCAAGGCUCUGCGGAGCACGUCUACUACAGCUCUCCUCUACAGGACUGUCAUUACUGGUGCGGCCAAUACUCUCACCAGUGCGAGUACGAUCUUGCUACUGUACUGACAACGCAUGAGGACCCCAAAAUAGGCGUUUCAGCUCAGUGAACUGGCAAAAGAGCCAAUCCCUGUCUUUCCAUUAUGAAUUAUAAAUGUUCGGUCUUUCACAAGGGAGAUUCUUUGAAAUAAACCGUAACAUAGUAAAAAUGUAAAAAUGCAUUAGAAACAGGUGCAUGCUUGUAAACAGGAUGUUAUACUGCUCAAAAGUUUGAAAUCACUAAGAUUAUUGUUAUUAUUUGUAGGAAAUUUAUACUUAUUAGCAAGGAUGCAUUUAAAUUGAUCAUUAAAACAGAAAACAGGUAUUUUAAAUUGUAAUGAUAUUUUGCAAUAUUACUUUUUUUUUAAAUCAAAUAAAUAAAACCUUGAUAAUGACUUAAAAGAAUCAUUAAAAAAUUGAACCCCAAACUUUUUAACCAAGGUGUAUAUGUAUAGUGGCCUUAAAAAUUAUCUGGCCACUCAAAAUUUAUAAAUAUCUUUGCAUUAUGUAAACAAAUAUCAAACCAAAUGUCAUUUCUUCUAAAGCAUGACAUAGAAAGCACUUUUUUAACAUUUGACAAAAACGUUUUUGCAGUUUUACAAAACGGUUCAGGUAAUAAAUAUUUGGAUAUUUUGUAUGCAAUUAAACAAUGUCAAUACAUCAGUUCACAAGUGUCUUAAAGUAGCAACGUACUUUUGGGGACCGCUCUUUAUGUACUGUUUGUCUGUCUGUCUGUAUAUUUAUAUCCAACUUGUAACAUACAAUCUUUUUUUUUUUUUCUGCGGUCAAAUAAAGUUUCCUGUCUUGAAAAUCCCAUUGAAUAUGUUUGUUAAACUCCUUUGUGCGCUUGAAGCCGCUAUAUAAAUGUUUGCGCUGAUUUCUUUGCAAAUGCAUUGGGCCAAGCUUAUCUAAUUUCACAGAGAGAAGACUGUUCGUGACUCCUUUUAUGUGUCAUAUUACAAACCGAUCUCAAAUCACCUUCCUCUUUGUAAGAUAGCAAUCAAACUUUAAUGCAGUGCUGCUGUAUCAUUUUCAAAUUGGACA